AUGUCCAAGGACGAGGGGUUCCCCCAUGCUUCAGCUGGACACGUCAAGCUCGCCGUCGCAUGCUGUAACGCAGGCUUGAGUCUAGCGACAAACAACACCGCAUACCGCGCCGUACUCUUGUACCGGCUUCCGGAAAUGUUGAUCAGGUUGUACAAAACCACGGGGCAAGAUGGAAGGUACCUCGACCAGAGUCUGGCCAUUUCAAGGCAGCUUGUCCUGAUAACAACCGGACCCAAAGACGAAGAUUGGCAGGCCCUCAGAACAGAAGCACUGGAGCAAGUCUCGACCGCCCUGGAGCAUCGCUAUGCAGAGAAGAAAGAACCGCGGGACCUAUACGAAGCGCUCCACUUGUGUCAAGAGGCGCUAAGUUUAACGAACGAUCUUACUCGACAAGCGUCACUCCGAAGUAGGCUUGCUGAGAUUCAUAAAAGACGCUUUGAGAUGGCCUGGGAUCUGCCCCUCAUCGAUAAGGCCAUUACAGAGGGGACAGCGGUUUGCGAUGCGUGCAGUGGCGACAAGGACACUCUCGCCCAAGCCCUGAGCAUGCUCAGCGGCUAUCACCACAGCAAAUAUGAGCAUUCCCAUCAGUCCUCCGAUCUCGAAAGCGCGGUCCACACCGCAACCCAGGCAGUGGAGCUGGAGCCGCAACUAAUCCCCAUCCGCAUCGAGUGUCUCUUAAGCCGCUGCGUUGCACUUGGGAGCCGCUAUACAAGAGACGGGAAUCACAGAGACAUAAAUGACGCUCUCAAGGCGGGGUUGGAAGCCUCCGAGCUGGCCGGUGAAGACACUGUUUCUCGAGUCGCCAUUCAUAGUACGCUUGCAGAAUUCUAUCUGGUACGUAACGCGCGAGAAGGACAGUUGUCUGACGCCGAGGAGGCGGGACGGCAGGCGAAGAUAGCUGUCGCUCUGGCGCCAGUUGGGGUUGCCGCCCGCUUGUCGGCUCUCAGCAUCCAACUCUCAGCUGCGUGUGCUAGGUAUGUGGCAAUUCCCGACUCCUCCAUCCGCGAGGAGGCACUGGAAAUUGCCAAGGAGAUCGAGAAACACACAUCGAAACAAGACCCGGCCCGGGGGCUCGUUUGGAUCAACCUGGGGUGGCUGCAUCACUGCCAAUACAGAGAAACGGAGGAUAUAUCACACCUCGUGCUGGCUAUAGAGGCGGCAAGGAAGGCAGUCAGCCUCAUUCUGGAAAUCAAUCCGAUGCGCCCAGAUGCCGAGGCCAGCCUCGGAGGGAGACUGCUGGCCCGUUACAAGACAGAUGGAUCGGAAGCAACCCUAGGCGAAGCGAUCAAGUAUCUUGAAACGGCAGAAGCUCGGGUCCCUGACAGCUCAAGCGUCAAGGUUCGUCACCUCGGGCACCUGGCUGCAGCGUUGAUGAAGCGGUCCGAUGCUACAAACGACAAAGACAAGCAAGACAGCGACCGAAAGAAAGCCGUGGCGAUGUUUAAAUCAGCCGCGUCCAACGAACUUGGCACUCCUAGCGAUAGAAUUGGCUGCGCUCAACGCGCCAUUGAGAUUCUCGUCGUUCAAGGGAAAAUUUCCGAAGCCAAGGCGCUGGCCGACGAGGCAAUGAAGCUUCUCCCUCUCGUGUGCCUUCGCUACACAUGCAAAGAAGACCAGCAGCGUGCCAUGAUGCGAAUCCCGGGCUUUGCCUCGGAGGCGGCUUCGCUGAGUCUCUUAGCUAAGGACGUUGAAAAGGCCGUAGAGUGGCUCGAGUUGGGCCGGGGCGUCAUCCUCGGCUACACCAUGGAUGACGCGGCGGACCUGUCAGCGCUGAGGGAAAGUCACCCAGACCUUGUCCGUCGUUAUGAGUCUCUCGUCAGAAGAGGGUCUGCCGAUCAGGUUGAAUCCUAUCGUAACUCGGCACUCCCCGUACAUCUUGCAGAAAGGUGGGACGAGACCAUCCAAGAGCACGUACAGGUGGCCAGCGGAAUGCGGGACGUGAUUGCCGCUGCGCUGGGUAGGGAACAGAGGCAGGCCGCUCAGGACCUUAAUGUCUGUAUUGAGGAGAUACGGGGAUUGGAAGGCCACGAGAGAUUCCGGAUGCCACUUGUGCCGGACGACUGGAAGGCACUCGCAAGCACCGGCCCGAUCGUGAUGGUAAACAUGACAGACAUCGGCCGACAUGCCAUUCUCAUCACCUCCAAAGCCGUGACGGCAAUGGAACUGCAAGAUCCACGCCACGACAACGCAACUCAUCGUCCUCAAGGAGACCAUCGGGAUCCCGGACAGGACGCUCCGACCGACCGAGACAUCGUGGACGCAGAUUCCCCGCAAAUUGAUCCCGGCAUGGAGAGGUUUUCGAGUCUCUGGAACAACUGCGUGAGUCCUGUGCUUGAAAAGCUCAAAGAGAUGGGAUGCCUUCAUGUUGCGGCCGACCAGCCUGAAAGGGCACCCCCGCGCAUUUGGUGGAUUGGCUGUGGUGGCGCCAGCUCUCUCCCCUUCCACGCCGCUGGUCUCGAUUUCGACGAGGGCUCAGCCAACAACGCACUGAGCAUCGUGUCAUCCUACACCCCAACCCUCAAAGCUCUUGCAUACUCACGGUCUCGUGCAUUGCGUCUGUCGAGGUGCCCACAUGGCGGUCGCGAUGACAAGGUGCUUGCUUCGUCGAUAGAAAGGAAUGUUACCGUGCGCGGCGGCACAAACGAGUCAGGUUUAGAUGCCAGGAACGGACCUGUCGAAGAUGAGACAACAAGGGCAGGGCUAGCGCUUCCUACACAAGCACCAUGUAUAGCAACUGCUGGGAGUGCCUGUACGCCAGAGUCAAUCCUGCUCGUGACGAUGCCGACCACUCCUGGUCAGAGGGACCUACCCGGCGUUAAUGCCGAGAGUAAGGCAUUACGAGAGGCAUGCAGAGACCGCUAUCUCAUUGAGGAGCUCGAACACCCCACCGCCGCCCAGGUGCUCGACAAAUUCGUGGACUCAACCAUUGUGCACUUCGCAUGCCACGGCUUCUCGGACCCCGUGUACCCGUCAAACAGCCGGCUGAUGCUGCAAAAGAAUGGAAUAUCCACCACUGCCACCACAACUGGCAAGAAGAAUAAGCCAGAGCGCAUAGCGGUCGAGGACAAGCUGACGUUGAAGGAUGUGUCUAUCGCCGCGUUCGAGGCGGGGAACGAGUCACGCUUUUGGCUCGCCGUGCUGUCCGCAUGCUCGACAGCUGAGACGCGGGCUAUGUGGCUCGCUGACGAAGGACUGCAUCUGGCCGCGGGCUUCCAGGCAGCCGGGUUUGCCCACGUCGUCGGCACGCUGUGGCGGGCCGAGGACGACGCUUGCCGCCGUGUCACCGAGCACUUUUAUGCGUACUUGAAUAGGGAGACGGCGAAGGAGCGCGGAGGAGAGGCGGUCGUUGCAGAGGCUCUUUGGUAUGCUGUUAUGAUGCUACGAAAGGAGACGGGGUGUGGCCCUGAUCUGUGGGCUCCGUUUGUUCAUUUCGGUGUCUGA